ACACACAUUUCUUGAAGGGAGAACCGAUAAAACAGGGGCCAACAGACGCUCUUUUCACCCCCAAACGCCAGUCUUCAUUGAGUGUUCAAGCGUCUUAGUUGCUCGGAUCGGUGGUGCCCACUUUCGCUGGCAGUUUUUCUCUGGCCAACAAUUGCAGUCUCCCUCCUUUCCCAGUUUCACUCUCUCGGCCCCUCCGCCCCCCUCUGUCGCCCCCCAGCGUGAACUGGCACAUUAAUCUGACUCGUGAUUCUAAAGUGAUGUCUUGAGGGUGAAAGUGUAUUAAAGUAUAGAAUCGUCGUGGCACAAGGUUUGCGCGAGAAGAGUGUAAUUGCUGCAGAGAAGUUACAUAAAAAGUUUCUAUAGAGUGCAACAAGAGUGGAGGAAAAAAAUAUAUAUUGUGAUCAACAUUGAGAUACACUUCCAACAAUCAUCAGUUUUUACUACAUCUGAUUAUUGUGGAAAACCCCAUCAUUUGUAUAAUUGCACUGGGAUGAAAUGGACCGGUGACAAAAUCGGAAUAUUCCAUUAACUGGUCGUUCGUCUCUGGAAUCUAUCUUCUCUCAUCAAUCUACUGGAUGGAAAAGAGUGGAAAUUGAGUCUCUGACUUUUUAAGUGUCACUUCCCCAAACCUCUCCGCACAACGAGCGCAAUUUUGACUGUCCUUCAGACACUAUCAACGGAGUAUAAUUGAGCAGCAUCGCCUCAAUCGUGUUCCAUCGGGAUUAAAUGUAUACAGGUGAUACAGGAGAGCAGCAAGUAGUAAAUGGGACAGUGAAGCUGGGGAGCGAGUCUGUUAUUAUUUCGAGGGAGGAAACGUCAUGACCGAAUGCGAGGUGCAACGAUGCACCUGCAAGGGCUGAGUCAUCUGCAGGUCUACGACUCAACCCUGGAGGCUCUCACGAAGUCGGGUCUUAUUCUCGUCCUGGGCGUCGCCAUAGUCGCUUCUAAUAUACUCAUUAUAGCCACAUUCCUUAACUUUAGAGGUCCGUCAGAGGUGAUAAACUACUAUUUGCUGUCACUGGCGGUUGCUGACCUACUAUGCGGACUUCUGAUAGUGCCCCUAUCUGUGUACCCAGCCCUAACUGGAGAGUGGAUCUACGGCGACAUCCUCUGUCGCUUCAUCGGAUACUUGGAGGUGACCCUGUGGUCGGUUACCGUGUACACAUUCAUGUGGAUCUCAGUAGAUAGAUACUUGGCUGUCCGGAAGCCUCUCCGCUAUGAGACGGUUCAGACAAAAACCAGGUGUCAGUGUUGGAUGGCAUUUACAUGGAUCUCCGCUGCAAUGUUGUGCUGUCCACCCCUGUUAGGCUUCAAUAAGGCCAAGUUCGAUGAUGAGGCGUACGUGUGCAUGCUCAACUGGGGAAAUAUGGCGGCAUAUAGUGCCACCUUGGCCAUCCUAGUCCUAGGCCCUAGCGUCAUCUCCAUCGUCCACAACUACGGCUACAUCUUCAUCAUGAUGCGCCGCAUCAAGUCCGGCGCACCCAUUCAUGACAAGGAAUACGCCACGGCGCUGGCGGAGAACCUGGCCAACCCGAGCCACACCAUGUCCUUCGCCCUGAUCUUCUCCUUCUGGAUCUCAUGGAGCCCACUGAUUGUCGUGAAGAUGUACGAGAACAUCACGGGCUCGGACUUUGAGAAUCCCCUCGUUCACUUCGGCAUUGUGUGGUUCGGCGUGCUCAACUCCCUGUGGAAGUUCAUAAUCCUCACGGGCAUGUCGCCACACUUCCGCCUCGCCCUGCGGAUCUUCUGCCUCACGAUCUGCUGCAAAACAAAGGGGCGCCUCCAGGCGGAACUCAUAGGUCUGGACCCGGAUGACUAGUAUAGUUUGUGUGGCGACAUCCAUGAGCCAAGCGACAGAGUGGAGAACUUUUACACACUCAUAAGGAACUAAGAAACUGACUCGUCUGGAGAGUAGCAUUGGGUGAACAUACACGAUGACGUUACAAUAAAUUGUGAUCGUUUCUUGAUUUUACACAACUUCUGUGUGUAAAAUCAACCGCUAAAUAGUUUAAAAUGAAGACACAUAAAAGCAAAGAAAAAAAACGCGUAUAGAGUGGAGAAUCAAUAUAAACAAUGAUUAUUAUAGUGAAUCGCUCAAUAUUAAAAUGAUAAGCAUUAUAAGAAAUGAAGAAAAAAAAACUCUUAGGUAUACUAUGGAAGAUAAGAUGAGAAAUACAAUGUAUGAUGAUAACUUCUGAGAUAUAAACCAGUAUUUCAACAAAUUUUCAGGGCUUACAUAAUGAGGAAAAAAAAAAUGCAGACAUAAAUUUACGUAAUUUUCAAUAGAUAAAGUUGCAACUACACUAUCAAAUCGAGUGAGAUUAUUGAGGAAGAUUAUAACAAAUGAAUAAAUAAAAUGAAAACAAUUCAAUCGUCAUUCAAGUAACUCUUAAAAUUUAAGAUAUAAUCUUUCUAGUUUGUAAAAGUUAAUUCUGAGAUAACACAAAAUGUUAAGGUAUAAAUAUUUAAAAAGAAAAAAUUGCGCAUUAGUCCUUAGGAAUAAAGGAAAUUUAGAUGUAGUAUUUUUUCUAUAGUUGUACACGUUGAGAAAACUAGUUGAUUAGGAUGCAAAAUAGUUCGCGACAUCUAGAGAAUUAGGAAGAAGAAGAAGAAAAAAAUGAGGGUAAAUAUAAAGUCAGGAGUGAUUUUGAAAAAGUCAAAAAAAAAUACCGGAAGAAAUAAAUCGGAAUAAAAUGAAAGAAUGCACAAGAACUCUUCGAAGAAUCGAUAUCAAAUGAAUGUAUUUGGGUAUUAAAUAUAAACAAUUAUAAAACAUGAUAAAAGAAAAGUAAUGCCGAUUUGCAAUGGUAGUAGAAUAUAGAAUUUCAGAAAAAUGAAGAAAAAAAAACCAUAUAUAAAAAAUAAUCAUCUUUUUUUUUAGACUAUGAGAGAUAAUUUUUAAGUAUAAAUCGCUUUCAAUAAAAGAAAAAUUGCUUAAUUUUGAGCAUGAUGUGUAAGUAAGAAAAAAAAAGUUAAAUAUUGAUGUUUACGAAAUUUACAACGAAUCUAACAGAAUUUACGGUGAAUCGUGAUUUUUAUUUGUUUGACAUUUUCAUUUCUACUUGAGAAGAACAGAAGAGUUAAUAUAUUUAAAAGUAUUUGAAAUAGCAUAAUAAAUGAUACGAUUCUGAAUGAAAGUCGAACAUUGUGUCCGAACAAUUGGAUAAUCUAGCGAAAUUUCGCCUAAUUACUUUACAGUUUCUUUUUGUAUUGAACAUAUUUCAUGGUGCAUUUCGCAUUCAAUCAAAGUGUGUCGGUUAUUAGGCACAAAGUAUGUAGUAACAGGUAAUAAUCCGUGAGAAUCACAUUUUUUCAAUUAAAAUUCUCGAUGUUGGUAGAGGAGAGAACCCUUUGAAAAACAUGCUGUCCCAUUGCGAAAAUAAGAAGAACAAAUUAAAUAUAAGAAUAUAAUUUGGAACUUCAACAGAAAUCAAUGCAAUUAACUUAACAUUAUUAAUUUCUUUUUUAAUGUUUAUCUAAUCACGAUAACUAAAAAAAAAAUGGAUAAGAAGUACUAAAUUAAACUUUGAAAAACUAUAUUGGAAGUAUAAAAAGAAAAAUCUAUAAAUUUGAGAAAUUGCCUGUAAAUAAAUUGAAAAGUAAUAAUUUCGACAAAUCACAUCCACAAAAUAGAGCUCUUUCG